AUGACGCUCUACUACAGCCUCGUCUUCCUGAUCCUGGUGACGGAGAUGGUUAUCUUCAUGUCCCUCAUCGUGCCCUUGCCGUUCACCUGGCGCCGCAAGCUCUUCACUUUCAUAUCAGAAAGUCCGCUGGUAGCAAAAUUACAAUAUGGGAUGAAGAUUACCUUCAUCUUCAUCCUUAUUCUCUUCAUCGACAGUGUGAACCGCGUAUACCGCGUUCAGGUCGAACUUGCGGCAGCAGCGGAAAGCCCCGCCGGUCGUGGAGGUGCCGCUGUUCUUGGUGGCUCCGAGCGCAUGGAAGUUCAAGCACGCAAGUUUUACUCGCAGCGCAACAUGUACCUCUGCGGAUUCACGCUCUUCCUCUCGCUCAUCCUUAACCGCACCUACGUCAUGAUUCUUGAUGUUCUCCGCCUGGAAGAGGAGAACAAGCGAAUGAAGGGGGACCCAGCCGCCAAGGGCAAGGACGCCGCUGCUCUCGGCAAUGCGGGCGAUGCAGGUGAGAUCGGAAGGCUGAAGAAGGAACUGGCCGCUCGCGAGCGUGAUCUGGAGGCUUUGAAGAACCAAACAGCUAGCCAGCAGCGGGAGUACAACCGCAUGGGUGACCAGAUCUCCCCUGCCGACAGCAUGCCAAAGAAGGACCGGUAA